UUAGUCUAGCGCAUGGUGUUGAUUAACUAACCUGGGAAGACUUAGAUGACCUGUAGUGCCGGACUAUAGUGUGACCCAACACUGAAUCCGAAACUUUCUGUCAAUGGGACAUCGGGAGAAUGCCAGUGAGACAACAACUGGGUAUACUAGCAAAAUGGGAAAGCAGUGACUGGUGAUACACAUUGGCAUUAUAGCGAUAGACACCUUAUCCAGCUGGGAUUUAUACAGUGACUGUCUAUGGCUGUAGAUCUACUUGUGGCAUUGGCUUGUGGACUGUCUGCAGCAUUUCUCCUACUUUUGCUUGCUGGCUUAUCGGUCUAUCUAUUGUGGAGGAAGAGGCAGACCCAAAGGCUUUACCAGGGACUGAUACCAACCACCCCCACAAUCCCACAAUGCACCACUCCAGUACUCCAGACAUCACAGAGCAGCAGCUAUGGGUCAGGUAAUGUUCCUUUUAUUGUCCCGCCUCGAUUCAAGACAGCACCUCAAUUAAGGGAGGUGAAAGAGGGAAGGGAGUAUGCUGAGGAAUGGGAACACCAUCCUGAUCUGCACACCCAACGAGGAUCUUUAUCAGUAGGGAGUUGGUUUCCUCUCGGUAGCUUAAGGCCGGACCUGUACCAGCUUCCAGAGGAGCCCAGCGAGUGGUCCCUGCCGAAUGGCUCAGCUGUUCGUCUGUGGUUUGCUUUGAGGUACCAGGAAGAGAAAGAACAGCUGGUUGUGUCUGUGCUCCGUGCGGCUAACCUGCCCGCUCGGUGCCAGGGUAACAUCGCUUUGGUCAAACUGCAGCUGUUGCCCUCGGAUGAACGUCGUCAUCGUCAAGCCAAAGCACGGAGGAAGGGACGUCAUCCACAGUUCAACGACAGCUUUGUGUUUCAGGUAUCUAACAGCUGUGUGGACCAAUGCUCUUUGCACAUGAGCUUGUACACUGUGGAACAGAAGAAGCAUCAUCUACUGGGACAGAUUUUGAUACCCCUGAGACAUUGUGAACUACAGGAGACAGCAGGGAAAGUGCAGUGGAGGGAUCUGGAUAAUGAGUGUGAUCAACCUUUGUCAAAGAACGGUGACAUCCAAGUGUCAUUGAACUACAAUCUGUCUCUGGACCGCCUCACUGUAGUUGUUCUGAGGGCACGAGGUCUGCGUUGCAGCAGUGAUGCAGGUGUGUGCGUCCAGGUCUCCCUGAAGAUACAUACUCAGGUGGUGAGAAACAAGUGGACCACCGUGGCCAAAGGCAACAAUCCGUCUUUUAAUGAGAGGCUUACCUUCAGACUUUUACCAACACAGCUGGAUACAGCUUGCCUGACCUUGCAACUCCAGCAGCCAGUGACAGAAGAACCGGUGUCGUUGGGUGUCGUGGUCAUUGGACCGUUCAUGUAUGCAAGAGGCAGAGAGCUGGACCACUGGAACGACAUGGUCAGCAAACCUCAGGAGCUGGUUAGACAAUGGCACGCACUGGGAACAGUUGCCACAAUUAACAGCAUGGAUCAAGUUUAAUGACAGCCAUCCUCUUUCAAAAGAACGGUAGAGGGAAGUGUUAUUUUAUUGUCAAAAAAACGUAUCGCUAACAAAGGGAAAGGAGAAUUGUUUAUUUAUAGCACAAAUGUGAGAAUGAGGUUUGCUUGUUAUUACAAACAUUUGAAUGAGUGGUUGAUCGCCAAGGUCACAUUUAAACAAUAGUGUGAAUUAAUGCAGGCAGCAAAAAUAUGGUUUAGUUUACACACAAAGCGUUCCCACACCAUUUGUCCAAUGAAUUUGCAUGAUUUUUCGACGUUAAGUUUGGCUUUUAUUAGAAAAGAGAUCUUUCAAAAUCAAACUAAUGAUUCAAACUGAUUUGCUUAUAAAUCAACUAAUUUGUGGACAGGUUCACUGAAAUAAAUAAAUACAAAAAAUAAAAUUGGUAACACUUUAUUUUUAGGCCCCCUUUAUAGAUUCUGGUGAAUAUAAGAGACAUUGCACCUACACUACCGGUCAAAAGUUUUGAAACACUUAAAUUUAUAAAAAAAUAUUUUUCCACUUUUUAGCUCUUAUUGCCUGCUUCAUUUAAUAUUCAGUCA